GUAGAAAAUGAUAUAAAUUUUCGCCACGGUGUUCACAUUGGUAAAAGAAAGUACUUUAUCUUUUUGUGUCACGCGCUCUCGGUCCCAGACUUUCCAGAGAUAGGAAAGGCCGAGACACUGAAAAUAAAAAGCCACAAUUCUGUUGCUCACCGCGAACUCAUGCUUCAAGCACAUGUCUAGGUUGCGUUGAGCCUCCUUUCUCCAAAACAAGACCACCCUAGUACUGCUUACCGUUUGUGCCUUCAUGUCGGUGUCCUACUGUCCUUAGCUUCUGAUGAUUCGCGGCCCGUCGCAAAUGUAGAGCUAUCGGAAUCGCUCUUUGCUGGCUCUCCAGCAGCCUCCAUCGGUGUCGCUUCCCCUUUCGCCAGGCAGCCGCUGAACAGCAACAUCACCCUCGCCUCGGCGCUCAGGAGCUGCCCGGGUUGCCUCCCCUAGUACAAACCUGUCUCAUGGAUAUGGUACCCGCCAGGCACUGCAGAGCCAAAAACUCUAGCAGCAACCUGCAGGCGUCCAUAGCAAGUGAGGGGCACACACAGCAUCACGACCAUGGACGGUACAUGGAGAGGUUUGACCGGCAAGAAGCGCCUACUGGCCGUCACCGGAAAAGCGAUACUAUGUACCCUGGGCCUGCCAAAAACUGCCCAGGUGGCUACCGUGAUUCGUUUGACACCGGAAUGGGCAACGCGCCCAGGGAAGCAUUAGAUGCCCUUGGAAUGGAGUUGGAGAACGAGGUCGAAGACGUGCUGCAACAACAAAUUAUGACGUUUGGGGGCUUCUGCGACCUUCUGCGCGGAGUCAUUCUGGACGAAUCAGCGGCGAACGCGCGUGCCCUCGUCACGAGGGCCUCGUGUCGAAAUGCCUGGGCAAGCGGGCCGACUCCUUCACUCUGAGCGUUGCUAGGUUUGUCCAGCACUUGCAGACAAUGGUGCUGAGAGACUCGGAAAGGCCUGCGAAAAAGGAGCGGAAGGAGGCUGGCAAGCCUGCUGCGUCGGAUGUACCUGGCUGUAUCACGGGGCCGCUCACUCUCCUGUUCGGAAGCAUCAAGAAGCACGGCGAUGCGUCGAGCCUCAACAAGGCGUUUGCCCUGGUGCUUGCCUCCGCAGGCUACCAGUGGGCGGAUGUGAACAGCGUGAAGAGCGGCAAGGUUCAGACCGAAAAGGCGGGUAGCAUUGACGUGGUCCGCUACGUCAAGACUUGGACCUACAACCUGGUGGAGCGUGUCGGAGGUGCAGAGGCCAAGCAGCUUUACCGGAGCGGGGACCAGAAAAUCUGUGACGCUGUAGAACGCCGCUGCAUGGAGCUCAUCAAAAACGCAAUGCAGAACUACCAGGGAGCUGUAGCUCAACGGAAGGCUAACAUGCAGCCCUUCAAGGUGCCCCACCCGGUCGAGGACCCGGCGGUUGACAAAGACGCCGUCGUGAAGAACACCAAGGCGCUCCCGGACUUGGCCUCGGAGCGCCUGCACUCUGAGCAGCAGCAGGCUGCGGCUCGCCGCCGCAGUGUCCUGAGCGCCCAGUGGAGCCAGCAGCAAACAGCCGGCAUGUCAGUGAAGACCACGACACGCAAGGGGGCAGGCAGCCAGCAUGAUGGACUGGCGGGCGCCGCGGUGGACGGCAGCAUGACUGGGAGUAGCCCUGGUGGUUCAGCGGCGGACAAAGGAAACGAGGAGGGGCGGCAGCUUCCUGUCCAUGGCAAGCAGAACACAGCUCGGCCGCCCGCCAAGCCUUCUGCGAGCGGCGUGAGGCAGAAAGCAGGAGAUAAGCGUCCGGAGCUGGAGCAUGAGACUGCUCAGCGGACCAGCAGACCGAGGCGCACAUAGUCUUGCAGGGUAGCUAGCUGCUGCAGUACAGGGAGGUUAGGGAGCGUAAUGGCAUUCAUAUAAGGGGGAUAAGGGGGGAGGGCAUCACCUUGUAUAACUGCGAUUUAGGUCGCUUAGUUGUAAGAGGGUGAUUAUGAGUGGGUAGAGGAUUGAUGGUAGGAGUGCGCAUGUGUGUGGCAUCUCAUGGAAGUAGGUUCAAAUGGUAUUGCGGAGAAUCAAUUUGGUAGAAGACGACAAUGUCAUGGCUGGAACUCGUACAGUAUUGAGCGUGCAUGGUGGAUUCAUGGGAGAUGGGGGCAAGCUGGAUGCCGUGCCACUGCUACAGGGUCGCCUGGUUCAACGGUCACGUGGAUGUCGUACUGUGGCUGGAAGAGAGCUUUGGGGCUGGGGCGAUGAGGAGGGUGGGGAGUCGGCAAUAGGUAUCUAGGUGAGGCUCGGGCGGGGUGAGGGGACGAGGCUGAUGUGUGGGGCUUGUACUGAGGAUUAGUGUAAAGUAGUUGUGUGGGUAAGCGGCAUGCUGAAAGGUUCCACUUAGAUUGCCGGCGGCUGAGGGACCUGGGGGCAAAAGCUACGUUUGCAGCGUCAUCUGGAAUCAUGGGAGGUAGGGAGAGUUGUUGCAUGGGAGUGGCAGAAGCAGCGGUAUGGUUGUAAGUUGUGAGGUAAGUUGCUGACGUAUUUGAGGAUGCGGUCCGAUGGCGUUGCUGCCUACUGGGUUGCUCACACUACCUGCACGGUCCUAGCGGUAUGGUCACUCGUGCGCAUGUCGUCCGCUCCCUUUCAUGUAUCGAUGGGCGCUUCGGCCGCCCGAUAUCAGUUGAGUGUGAACGGGACACCGGCAUGUUCCAAGUUGCCAUCUGGCGCAAGCCGUAACUUGAUUGCAAUAGUCAAUCAUGUAAUAAACUCCUACUGUGUUCUGUGUAAGACCGCAUAGCAAAG